AAAGAAUUUACAUCAGCAUUAGAUAUUCUAGUUAACCCAGUUAAUAUACAGGUUAGUUUAGCAGAAAUAUCAUAUUGUCAUAUCCUAAAAGGGACAUUCCAGGAACAACUUUCUGAUCCUUUUAAUGAUUCCGUUUUAUCUAAUAUUCAAAAAAGAAAAAUAAUCUCUUAUAAUCAAUCAAACUCUUUGCAAUUGACAAAACUUAUAUCAAAAUGAAUUCAAUAACAGAUUUACUCAGUCCUCAUAAUUAUCUUUCAUUCGUAAAGAAGAAUAUGGAUCGUGACAUCAAUAUUAUUCAUAUUUCAAGUGCCAAUAAUGAAGAUUUACGAGUAUAUAAUGUUAGGCUAAAAAGGUUACAACUAUUACUCAACAAUUAUGAUCCAUCUGUUGACAUUGGAUUGAAUAACAUUGUCGAUCCCAGUUUCUUCACAAACUCCAUUGAAAUACAAAAAGAAAUCAUCCUUGUAUUAUACUAUAUAUCUAAUCCACAUAUAAUUAGGCAAUAUUCAUAUCAGGAAUAUUCGUAUUAUUUAGAAUAUGUCGGUGAUAUUGUUGAUUAUAGAACUAGACAUAUCACCGAUGUGAGGCUUGGAAGGAAGGUUAGAUUGUUUUCUCAAUACUUGAAUUUGUUAAGCUAUAUGAAAACGGAGUGGUAUAUAGACCGGGUAAAAGAUUCUUCUAAACCACCACCUUUUGAUACUAUAUCUAGUCCUAUAGAAAGCAAAUCAGUUAUUUUAAGUACUAUCACCAAUAAAUUUGAAGAGAAUAAUCGUUUUUUUAAAGAAUUUGGUUUCUUUACACCAUCUACCAAUAUUCCUGGGACUAGAUUUUUCAUAGAGAAUCGAAAGCUAUUUGAUAUCAAACUAUCACAAAUUAAUUUCAUUAAUUUUGAUUUUGAUCGCCUCCUUAAAACUGAAAAUGAAAGCCAACUAGAAUUUGAAUUAUUAAAAGUUUUACGAGCAACAAGAUUUAUUUUUGGUAUGAAUAUUACAUUACAAAAUCAAAUAUUACAGAGACUAGAAUCUUUAAAAAUUAAAACUUAUGCUAAACCUGAUAUUAACAUCGGUCUUCAAGAUGGGUUUUUUAUCCCAAUAGAGGUUAAAUUCAAAGAUAUGCGGAAGGUAUUGGAUGACUUCAAGAAUACCAGAAAUAAGAGGUGCAGAGCUACCAAAAAUAUGAUAAAGAUGUUCCUGCAAUUGUUUCAUCAAAUGCUCACAUGUCGUUCUAAGAUUGGUUUUCUUACCGACGGAACAUAUUGUGUUGCAAUUAUAUUGAAGAUGGAACCAUUGGUUGAUAAAGAUAAUAUCUCAGUUCUAAGGGAAGUUAAAUGUGAUAUUGAAGUAUUUGAUGCAAACAAUUAUCAAAUUAACGUCGCUAUAUUUAUAAUGAUGGUAGUGAGAAAAUUUCAGAAUAAUGCAAAGAUUAACGAUGACGAAUUUAAAAAGUAUCACGAAUCUUUCACAAUAAGUGAAAAAGAGAAAAACAGAAGGACUAAAAAGCAAUAUGAGAAAUUGAAUGAAUUUUGUCGAAAACUUUUUGAUGUUCAAAUUUAUAUGAAUGAUUAUCCCACAUUCAAUCUGUCUGAUUUAUUAACUAAAACGGAAGACAGUGACGAGGAAGCCGAAAUAGUCCACUCAGAAAUGUUUGCUGAAAUAAAUAAGAUUGAAGUAAAUUUCAUGGAGGAGUCUAAUGUCAGAUUAAAUCUACGUUUGUAUGGAAAGGCUUUGAGAUCCAAUGAAUUUGAAAUAUUGGAUAUUAGCAAAGUCCAGGUUGAAAAAAUUCUUAGUGGAGACAUAAUAAAUACUGCCUAUUCCACUGUUAUUUGUACAUCCGAUUCAGAAAUUUUUAAGGUUUAUGAUCCAAUUAGAAUCCGAAUGGAAAGGGAAAUAGAUUCUCCUACUUUCUAUCACAGACUUAAGGACACCUACAACAUCUUUAUCCGUGAAAUUUCAACAUAUAUAUUUUUGAAAUCAAAAGGUUAUAAACAUAUGCCUGAUUUUGUGGGAAUGGGAUAUUUGACUAAUGAUAAUAGACUGUUCUGCAACAAAUUAUCAGUCCGUUUAUCCGAUGAUGGUAUAUUGAAAGGUUCUUUAUCUGGUUUUUUUAUAAAAAUGAAAAAAGCACCAGGGCUUACUAUGGAUAAUGUUAAGUGGAAUGCCGGUAUUGCACAACAGUUGAAAUCGUCACUUAUGGCGUUACACAAGCUCAAUGUGAGUCACGGUGAUUUACAUAAAAAGAAUGUGCUUUACGAUGAAGCCACCAAAACUGUCACAUUAAUUGACUUUGGUCAAUCUAAAUUAGCACGUCUUCGGGGACUCAACCGAGUUCAAUUUGAAGAAGGUGUAAAGCAACUAGAGAAGCGCAAGGAUUGGGAUACAAGGAACCUUAGCUUUAUGAUUGAAUCGCUAAGUAAAUAAGUGAAAGGAUUAACGAAAGGCUAUUGACUUGUGGUAUGUAUACAAUGUGCAAAUAAAAUGAUAAUUAUAGUACAAGCAAUUUUCCUGCCACACGACCUUUUUUUAUUUUUCUUUUGAAGGAACGAAAAAGAUUACAAGGAAUUUAAAAAUAGGUUAAUAUUUAUUUACAAAAUACAUAUUUAUAUUAUUUAAU